AUGGCGAUCGCAGACAAGUACGCGCUGGCCGAGGAAGCCGGCAAGUCGCCGGUUGAUGCUUCGCCGGCUGCGCCCAAGCGCGACCACCACAAGCCGGCCGAGCACAAGCCAGCCGAAGGAGCCUCCCAUGGCAGCCGCCGCGACAGCUAUCGCGGCAAGAGGCACAACGACCAGCCGGAUCGCCGGUACGGCUCCGCCCAUUGGAUCGAGGCCAAGCCGAUCAAGAAGCUGGAUGGCUCAACAGCCGUCACCUUCCUUAAGGACAUCAUUGUGCGGUAUGGCUACGCCCACAGCAUCAUCACCGACAAUGGCACCAAUUUCUCCCAAGGCGUAUUCUCCCGCUUCUGCGAGGAAAAAGGGAUUCAGAUGGACUUAGCGUCCGUGGCACACCCUGAGUCCAACGGGCAGCGGCCCGCUCUUGAUCCGGCUACAGACUGCAACCCGGCUGUAUGGCCGGCAAGAGCAUAG